GGUAUUCCAUCCCUUCUCCACAACGACUAUGCCUGUUGAUUUACCCAUUGAUGAUGCUACGUUGAAUCCUGUUCAACUAGACAUUUUUCAACCGCUGCCGUGUCUCGCUCCUUACGAUCUUUCGGAAAUUCUGCGAUUGACAGCCGUGGCAGCUUCUCCCAUACGACAACCUGCCCAUUCAGACAAACCAGCGUCGUCGGCUCGCAGUGACAAUUUGUAUUGUACCGCUUGCAAAAAAAAGUUCAAAAAUGAGGCGACAUGGCAAAGUCAUUUGAAAAGUGCAAAACAUCUUGCCAACGAGAAAGCCGCAAAGCAUACUGCGGCGGUUUCAAAGACAAACGUCGCAAAGUCGGAUAGCAAAGCAGGAACGAAUCCGGAAAUCCAAGCUUUGACGCAGAAAUUGAAGCAAGUGUCAAAAAUGACGAGUAGCAAUCCAUCCGCAGCAGUAUCUCAGUACUGGGGUCUCUCGCAAGCAUUUUAUACCCACAAACGACCCCACGAUACCAAAAAGGCGCUGUUAGCUUUAAUUGAGUUACUGAAAAGUGCCAGUAUUUCUGGAAUGGGUGCAUCUCAAAUUAAUUCCACUUUAUAUCUUGCUCGACUGGCGUUGGCACGGUUAUCAUGUCUGUAUCAUGAUUUGGAUACCGCUCGGUUGACCUAUCUCGCCGCAAUCGAGGAUAAAUGGAAAAUCGAUCAAAAGCAAUUAUUGAACGCAGCGAUGCGAGCAUGCAACUUGCCGGUUCGCGAAUUGAUGGAGAUCAGUGAGCAAUUAGCGUCGAGGUACAUUGAUCGAGAGAAGAAACGAACCGAACCUGCGAAACCCGUCAGCAAUCCAAAUUAUGCCAUUUCCCCCAUUCUAUUCGAAUGCGCAUGUUUAUUUGCACAAGAGGCCCAUUCACUGACCGUGGCUGGCGUGCCGUAUUCAUGCGAGAAGAUCGCACUGGUCUUGUUCCACACAGCAGCAGCGGUUUGCUGCUACGAAAACAAACUCAGUCAAUCUCAUUUAUUAUGGAUCGUUAGUCAGAUAUACGAUCAGUUGAACGCUAGACAUCUUGGCUGUGAUGCAAGAAUGCUGUACAUCGAAUGCGCUAUGAAGGAUGGGGAUUCCUCUCCAUCUUCUGAUCUGCUGCAGAACAUGUUUUCCACGUUAUUAACCGCCACUGAACUGGAUGAUUACACGCGAAUGAAAUCUGUAUCCUUACAGAUCCGAAAGAUGCUAAAGGAACAUUUUGACGGUGCAACUUACGACGACCUUCAGAUCCUGGAGCAACUUGGUUUAGCUCGUCAAAAUCUGGAUUACGUGGCUCUAGAAAACUUGGCUCAUGAAGUGGAUCAUAUGGAACUUUUACUGGAACAAGGCAGCGGCGAGUCUAUUUUGCAUCGGUGUUCAGCGGAUCAAAGAUUAAAUAUCUUGGAUCGAUUGAACUCACUACUCGAGCUCUAAAAAAAUCAUCCUCGCAUUCAAUACUCUGAUAAAUAAAUUAAAAAAAAGGAUCACUCAACAAGAGCAUCCUGUUCUUUUUAUACAUAAACUGUCGCCGUCUGAUUUAUCG